CGAGCCAGGCAGGGAGCCACAGGGUGCCCUGGGUCCCCACCCCCUUCUCCAGGCACCCUGUGGCUGUGCACAGCCGGGCGCUCAGUGGUGUGGAUGCAGGUAAGAGAGGCCUGGGGCUCGGGUAGGCUGGGCGGUGGGGGCCCAGGGCUGAGCUGGAGGGUCGUGAAAAGGACCUGAACAGCUGGACAGGAGGCUGCCCAGCUGGUGGCCACAGGAACCAGGGUGUGCCCCGACUCUAGUGUCCACUCGUCCCACUGGCCACCACCCUCCCUCCCGGAUCUGCACACACCUGCCUGCCCCACAGACCCAGCUCCUGGCCACCCAUGCUGGACGGUCACAGAAGCGGGCUGGGCAGGCUGUAGGCCGUGCCGCUGCCCACUGCCGGCUUCCCGGUGCACCUCCCCCAGGAUGCUGCAGCCUGAGGGCCCCCGGGCCUCGGAAGAGGGUGGGACCCGGCGGAGCGACUGCAUCAUCUGCUAUUCGGCCUACGACCUCUCUGGGCACCUGCCCCGCCGCCUCUACUGCGGACACACCUUCUGCCAGGCAUGCGUGCGGCGGCUGGACAUGUCGGUGCACGAGCAGCGCUGGAUCCCCUGCCCGCAGUGCCGCCAGAGCACACCCACACCGCGAGGAGGGGUGGCCAUGCUGGACCUGGACUUGGCCGCCUUCCUGGCCAUUAAGGCUGAACGAGAGCCAGCAAGAGUGGAGCCCUGGCCCCCCACACCCCUCAAAGAUGGCACCACUGUCACUCAGCAGCCGCCUGGGCUCUGCCCCAGCUUGGGCCCCCAGCCCCACUUUCCCCAGCCCAGAUGCUGCCGGAACUGUGGCAGCCUCUGCUGCCUGUCCCUGGGCGGCCGCGAGGUCUGAGCUCUGCUCUUCCCACCCCUGCAGGGGAACCUGCUGCCUGAGGCAGGCCUGCCUCGGACCUCUGACCACGCACAGUCUUCCCAGAACAACCUGGUGGCAGAGUGUCCUGGAUGCAGCCCACUGGCCCAGUGGUGCCACCAGAGCCAUGGGCGUGCCCAGGCCACACUCGAAGGUCAGGGCUGUGGCCAUAGUGCCAUGAGACUCCACCGGAGGCUGGUGACCUCCUAUCCUGGCCAGGACAGUCUGACAGUGUGUGCCCAGCGGGGACACUGCAAGCCCAGCUGAGGUCUGGACUCAGCCCAGAGGGUGUCCUAGGAGACUCUGGUGGGCAGUCCUAGGCGCCCAGGCUGAAGGCCAAAAGGGCAGGGCCGAGUCAAGGCUGGUCCUCAGUGGCUCAUGCCAGAGCAGGCCUCCUCUCCUCCAAAAGGUCUCAGAGGCAGGAGCCAGGAGAGAGGCCAGCUCCCUCACCGCUGCCCGGCUGUCAGCCCUGUGAGGUUCAUGCACUCAACAAAGUUCAUUGAGUUCCCA